UAACUAUAUCUCAAAGAACAAAAGAAAAUGUCGGGCGUUUGGGUGUUCAGAAACGGCGUCGUUCGGUUAGUGGAAAACGGGGGAGGCAGUGCGGCGGAGGGCGGGGGUCAGCAGUCGCAACUCCGGCGGAAAGCGCUGGUGUUCAGUCAGACGGCGGAGGUGAUGACGUCGUACGCAGCGUUGGAAAAGAAGUUGGUGCCGUUGGGAUGGGAGCGGUAUUACGAUGAUCCAAAUCUGUUGCAAUUUCAUAAGAGAUCAACGGUCCACCUUAUCUCUCUCCCCAAAGAUUUUGCUAAGUUCAAAUCCAUGCAUAUGUACGACAUCGUCGUUAAGAAUCGAAACCAUUUCGAAGUUAUUGACACUUAAUUUUCAACUCAUUUUUAUUUAAAUAAAUAUAAAUAAAGUUCUAAUUUUACAAGAAAAAACCUUCAUAUUUUCUUUUGAAUUUUUGUUGGAUGUGAUGAUCGUUCCAAUCGGCUGUUUGGUUGAUUGUUGUCUGUGUAAGUUUAUAUAAGUUAUGAUGUGUGAUCUAUAUUUGUUGGUCGUUACUUAGCUCGUUUGAAUACUUGUGGGAUUUUGGAUUUAAUUGUGUGUAAUCGAUUGAGUUUGUGUAAGUUGAUAUAGUUGCUAUGAUAAUUUGUGUAUUGUUUGAGUUGUUGGUGUGAAAAUUUUAUGUAAUCCAUUUAAGAUUUCCAA